AUGGCAGAAGCGAACAGAACGGCCGAGGAAUGCCUGGGAACGAUGAGGACAGUCAGAGCGUUUGCUUGUGAGCACAAAGAAUCGGAAAGAUUUGAUGAACGCUUGGAAGAAACGCUGAGAAUUAUGAGGGUAAGUUUUGGUUUCCUUCUUUGUGUUCUUGACUUUUAGAUGGGAUGUGAUAGCUAAUACGUUGUUGGAAAGGCAAUUACUUGUUUUUCAAGCAAUGUGGGCUAGAAAUUUAUAUUGUACAUGGAACAGAUGUCAAAGAUUUAUUUCAUACGUUUCAGCGGAAGACCAUUGCCUACAUGGGAUAUGCCUGGCUGAACGAGCUCUCCGAGAACGUGGUCUUGAUCUCAGUCUUGGUUUAUGCCGGCCAUUUAGCCAUGAACGGGCUCCUAACCAUCGAACAAAUCACUUCUUUCCUUCUGUAUCAACUUCAGUUGGGUGAAAAUUUUUAUGUAAGUUCUUUUUGAAUUGUUCAUUUCGUCUUUAGAAUCUGAACUACGUCUUCUCCGGACUGAUGGAAAGUGUUGGCGCCUCCAGAAAGGUAUUCGAAUACAUGCACAAGAAGCCGGACAUCCCCUACAAUGGCACAGUGGAACGACCAGUCCAAGGAAGCAUUGAAUUCGAAGAUGUGUCCUUCUCCUACCCAACCAGACCCAAUUCCAAGGUCUUGAAGGUAAUUUUUGUUUAGUUUUUAUAUUACUUUCGAUUUGUUAAACUAAAAUUGAGGUAGAACAAUGUGUUAUUGUUGUUUUUUUAGCAUCUGAGCUUGUCCAUCAAGCCUGGAGAGACGGUUGCCCUGGUUGGACCAUCCGGCGCCGGAAAGUCAUCCAUCAUCGCUCUGCUCGAAUACUUUUAUGAAGUGAACAAGGGGAAGAUCAAGUUGGAUGGAGUUGAUAUAAAAGAAUACGCUCACAGAUUCUACCAUCAACAGGUCUCUCUGGUUAGCCAAGAGCCCACCUUGUACUCGGGAUCAGUGAGGUACAACAUCCUCUAUGGAUGUGAGGAAUGGGCGACGGAUGAUGAUAUGAUUGAAGCGGCUAAACUGGCCAACGCCCAUGGUUUUAUCACCGAGCUGGAACAUGGCUACGACACCAAAUGCGGAGAAAAAGGAGUUCAGAUGAGUGGUAAGUGGGAUUACGAAGAAUUAUGACCGUUUUUUCAUGAAUCAUGCAGUUUUAUCAUGUGUAAUAUGAAAAGUUUUGAUUUUCCCCCGUUAUUUGUCUUUUUAUUUAUGAAUAAUGUUUCAGGAGGCCAAAAACAACGAAUUGCCAUUGCCAGAGCCCUUGUGCGCAAACCCGCCGUUCUCAUUCUUGACGAAGCAACGUCCGCAUUGGAUGCCGAGUCCGAGUACAUUAUCCAACAAGCAUUGAAUCAGUGCUCGGUUGGUCGCACAGUGAUCGUCAUCGCGCAUCGGUUGAGCACCGUCGAGAAGGCGGACCGCAUCUUUGUCAUCCAGAAAGGCCAAGUCGUCCAAGAAGGAAGCCAUCAAACCCUGAUGGAGGUGGAUGGAAUCUACAAGAAUCUUGUGAAGCGACAAUUGUUGAAUGGAGCAGAAUCGAGUGGACAAGACGACUCCGGAGUUAUGGAUUCACCGGAAUCUGUGAAACAACAAGAACCAACCAAUUCGGAUCAAGUACAACAAGUUGAUGAACUGGUCCUCCCCGAGGAAUCUCAGGCUUAA